AGUGACAGAGAGAAAACACAGAUAUGGAUAACGAUCAAAGUGGACAGACAGAGACAGUUACAGAUUGAGAGAGGCAGGUUUCUGUCAAAGAAUAUGCUGGAAGGUAUAGAGGCAAGAGGAGAGAUCCAGAUUUGCUGGUUUGACUGGAAAGGCUGAAGGGGUGUAGCCAGUCGCUCAAAGCAUGACAGGUGUGGUGAGAGACUAACAAAAAACAGAAACAGGCACACAGAAGAGAAGAGAGGGAGAGGUUAAACACUGAAAUAAAAAAGAAAAUACAGGUGGAGUGAAGAUAAAGCAGUGUUCUUGCAUCCAGUGCUGACUAAAGAUGGCCGAGGCCCCGAAGGUUGAACUCUUCGUUAAGGCCAGUGUUGAUGCUGAGAGUGUGGGGAACUGCCCUUUCUGUCAGAGACUCUUCAUGAUUCUUUGGAUGAAAGGGGUCAACUUUACCCUCACCACUGUGGACAUGAAGAGGGCACCUGAUGUGCUGAAGGCUCUGGCUCCAGGCUCUCAGCCUCCCUUCCUCAUCUACAACGAUGAGGUCAAAACGGACACUAACAAGAUUGAGGAGUUCCUGGAGGAAAAGUUAGCCCCACCACAGUAUCCAAAAUUGUGCUGUCGAUACAAAGAGUCCAACGUUGCCGGAGAAGACAUCUUCCGAAAAUUCUCAGGAUAUAUAAAGAAUCCCAAUCCUGGAUUAAAUGACAUGCUGGAGAAGAAAUUUCUGUCAACUCUGGUGAAGCUGAACAUGUACCUUGAGACGCCUCUCCCUCACGAGCUGGACAAGAACCCAAAUGCAACUGAGUCUUCACGCCUCUACCUGGACGGUGACACCCUCACCUUGGCAGACUGCAACUUGCUUCCCAAACUCAACAUUGUCAAGGUGGUGUGUAAAGAGUACCGCAACUUUGCCAUCCCUAAAGAGCUGAAAGGUUUGUCACGUUACCUGGAUAACGCCUACAAACAAGAUGAGUUUCGUUACACCUGCCCAAAUGACUCAGAGAUCCUCAUUGCCUACCACUCUGUGGCAAAGUACCUGAACAAAUAACAAAUCAAGGGGGAGAGCUGAAGCAGUGUAAGUGAAAACAAAGACGAAAAGGUGACAAAAUGCCUGAAAACUGUAAAUGGAUUUAUGUUUUAUUUGUGUCAAGGUAUGAAAAUUGUUUGCAGUGGAAUGUUCAAUAGUUGGCUUUGUAUAAAGUGUUGUUUUCAUCAAUUGGGUUUUAAUAUAUUUGCCAACUGCUACUUCAAAGUUGCUUAAUUAUUUACAAAUUUGUAUUUGUGUAUGUACUGUUGCAUGCUCUGGUUGUACUAAAGUGGAUUUAUUAAGCCCCUGUAAAGAUUGAGAAAGCACUGCAAAUCCCAGAGGACAUUUAUGUUAUGUUUCAUUGUGCUUGCAUGUAUUGUGUCUAAGCAUUUAGAUCAUGUUGAUUGCAAUUUAUUAAUGACAUUUUGACAUGAAAUCAGAUGCAUUUUUAAAUCAAAUAUAUUUUCAGAAAAUUACUAGUGUAACAUUAAAAAAAACCCGGCCUUGGCUGUAGAUAAGGCAGACUGUAAAGCUACACCCCUAAACAUGUUUCAAGAGUCCAUCCUCUUUGUGUGUGUGUGUGUGUGUGUGUGUGUGUUUGUGUGUGUAUGUCAGUAGUGACUCAUUUAUGUAAUGUAAUGUAACUUAAUAAAGAAAGGGCAAAGAAAAAGAAAACUAUUUUGAAAUGGUAAACAUUAAUGAGUUUGGUUCGGGUUGUAAGAAUUUUGAGUGAGUUUGCAAUGAUGUGGCAUUAAAGUGAAAACAAUGUA